AUUGAGGGUAGGGCGAAAAGAUAUGCGCGAUAACCAACGUUGGACAAGCAAGGUGUUAACAGCCUGAUUGAUUCAAUUUCCGCCAGCAGAACCCGAACGGAGCUCCGGUGUAGUCACACGAAAAUUCCGUGAAUCGAAAAUUGCGCGGGACAAAAAAGUGCCUGAUUGAAUCACGCUUCCCAGAAACACAAGGCUCAUCAUCAUCAUCGUCGUCGUCUCCAGCUCUUGCACAUCCACGGCAUCGUCACCAGGAAAUCAAUUUUCACGUAGAUAUCCCGGAAUCCCUACAGAGGACGUGAAACGGAAUCGAACACAAUUUCCAUUUUGCUAGGAUUUUUUCCUCCAUCCCAUUUGCGAACGGUGCGGUUCAGAUUAUCCCUAUCGUGAAAGGAAAAUUAUGCGUGAAAGGAAUUUUUCCCGGCGAAUUUCUGAUCCUACGGUUUCUGACGACCCACCCACCCGGGCCACCUGCAAGUUCUGUGUCAUUUCCCGGACGUCAGUUCCCUACCCAUCGUCCCAUCGGAGAGCACGGUAUGGCAGUUAAUUAAUGGUUGAAUCGUACUAAUUAAAAAUUUUCCUUUUCGGAUGGAAAAGGGAAAAAACUGCACACGGAUCUGAAGAGGCGAAAAGCAAAGUGGGAAAAAGUGGCGUGAAGAAAAUCGAGAAAAACCUUGGCUAUCGGUUUGUGAGAAAAGAGAAAAGUGGAAAACGUUGUGUGUUUAAAUAUUUGAUGAGGAAUGAUAAUUUUAAUUAAAAUUAAACUUGUGAUCACCAUAAACUGAUAAGGAAGGUAUAAAUACUCGUAUCGUAGUGACUUUAGUGGGCUCCUGGAGCUGUGUGUGAGUGUUAGGACUCAAGCCGGUGUUGGUGUGAGGGGAUAAAGGUUAGAUAUCAUCACGAAGUAAAAGUUAACCUGUGCAAACAAAGAGAAAAUUUGCGCCAAAGAAAAAGCGCAUAGCUUGGAUUAUGUUCGGAAAAUUGUGUCUUCUAAUUAUUAUUCUGACAGCUUCCGCUGCUGUGGUCGUACCGGAAGUGAAAGCAGAAGCACGGGAAAUUGGAGCCGAAGAUUCGGUGGUUGUGACGAAGCUGUGCAGCUUUGAUAAACCGCUAAUAGAUCCGACCGAUGAAAGCAAUAGCAAAUUUUGUGACUGUGACGUGGAAAAUUCACCCCCUUGGGGUAUUCCGGUGGUUCUAAUUAACUGUCAGGAUCAUCAUUUCCAAAAUGCUAUCUUCCAGGUCAAAAUUCUACCGCAAGGAACGAUUCGGUUGGAUUUGUCUUACAAUAAGCUCACCUCGAUACCUAGCUUUGUAAGUGAAAAGUUGCAAUAUCUGAGCGUGCGGCACAACGAGAUAGCUUCGCUCACUGAUAAGAACUUCGCCAACGUCACGAUGCUGCUUGAGCUAGACAUUAGCGAAAAUAAUAUCGAGCUUAUUAAUAGCGAUGCAUUUAUCGGACUGACGUUGCUGCGUAAGCUGAACUUGGCAGAAAAUAAAAUAAAAACUAUUCAACCGAAUGCAUUUUCGGUUUUUUCUUACCUGGAACAUCUUAUCUUAUCGCACAAUCCUUUGGGAGAGUUUUUAAACUCUUCGGAAAACGAUAUAUUUUUGCGACUAGGAGUGACGCCACGUUUGCAUAAUAUUGAGCUCGAAAAUUGCACAAUCACCAAAAUAGAUCUUUCCAGUGGGGUUGGUCUUGAUAACAUCGUACUGGGAUCAAAUCAGCUGUUUCAAAUACCAAAUCUUCCUAAGCAGCUUUCACUACUUGAUAUCAGUGACAAUCCGAUACGUGUGAUGACCGCUAAAUUUCUGCCGCACCUUCAUAAUCUGCAGCAUCUCAUCAUGCAGGACAUGCCCAACCUGUACAAGUUGGAAGAAUUCGCUCUCUUCGGGUUGCCACGCCUUACGAAUUUAAAUCUACAAGGGUCUCGUAACCUCACCGUCAUUGAUCCGUAUAUAUUCGGUAAAAAUGUUGUACUAAACGAAACCGACACCGUUCUCGAGCACUUAAAUCUGAAAGGGACCAGUAUUAAAACACUCAACUCGUCCCUUGAAUUUGCCUUCGAACGAUUGGCUGUUUUGGAUCUAACGGGGGCACCUUUAAAUUGCGACUGUCAGCUGCAGUGGAUCAAGCAUCUGGGAAAUGCCACAGUUCAUGGAUCCUGCACCAAACCAAUGUCUUUGAGGGGCCAUCAGUUAGUGGAUCUGGAACAGGAUCAGUUCAAAUGCAAAGUGGAGAAAUCCUGGGUUUACAUGAUGUUUAACGUGCUGUUGGUCAUUCUUCUGAUAGUACUAGUCUUGGCGGCUAUCUAUCUGGUGUACAUUGCGAUUCGUCCCCGACAGAAGGUCCAGAUGCGAAAACCCGGCUCAAAUAGCCCAUAUGCGCGGGUAACGAUUGAGCCAAACCAAAUGGAAAAUCUUUAAAUUGUCGAGUGGUGUUUCGAAUGUAGCUUAAGCUUAAGAAUAGAAAUAAAUGAUCUUGAAUAAUUUAUAA